AUGAAAUGGACUCUGACGCUUCCUGAGACUAAUCUGUCUGACUGCUGUGUGCAACUCUUUCUACAGGAGACAUCAGAAAAGCACCGAGAGUUUCUAAAGAGGCAAAGGGAAGCAGUGAAAUACAGGCUGAAAAAACUGGCAGCACGGCAAUCAGAAAUCACAAAAAAGUCCUCAGUGAUAAGGGAGAACAUCAUACGGAAAUAUCGGGAGAUCCAGGCAGUCUUGGACGAGGACCUAAGGGUCACCUUGUCCCACCUGGAGAUGGAGGAGCGGGCCGCUGUCUCCACCCUGGACGGGCUGAUGGAGAGGAACUGUUCUCUGAUCCAGCAGAUAGAGCAGGACCUGGCCAGACUCACUGUGGGGAUAGACCAAACCGACUCAGGGCUGGAUACCAUGUCUUUCUUUUCAUACCCUGAGCCGCAAGACAUGGAGAGAGCAGACAGAGUGAUGGAUCUGCUCAACAGGACAGACCCGAGCAUUGUGAGCCUGGACCAAGUUAAAGCUGACCAGAUCCUCGGCCUCGCCAACAACAUGCUUCUGCUGAUCAGCUCACAAACCCCGAUAAUCAAGAUACUCACCAAGAGUUAUUCCAGUGAGGUGUUUCUGGAUCCGGACACGGCCCACCCAAAGCUGAUCAUCUCCCCCCAAGGUGACAGUGCCACCUACACAGACACCUGGCAGCAACUUCCUGACCUCCCUGGACGCUUUGACACCACCCUCAAUGUCAUCAGCGUGCAAGGAUUCAGCUUUGGUCGCCAUUACUGGGAGAUUGAUGUGACUGGGAAGACUUACUGGGAGCUGGGCGUCACCUAUCCCAACAUUCCCCGCAAGGGCACCACUGAGGACUGCUGGCUGGGCCGGGGAGACGAGUCCUGGUGUGUUGAGCUCUUUGAUGGGGAGUAUACAGCCUGGCACGGAGGUGUGCCCCACCAGCUGCCUUUCACAAAACGCUUCUGUCGGAUUGGUGUUUUGUGUAGUUUCCCUGCAGGACUGGUGACGUUUGUUGAGGCAGACAACAUGACGCCGCUGUUCUCCUUCUGUGCAGGAACCUUCUCAGACUGCCUCCACCUGGCCGUGUGUCCUGGUCAUGACCACAAUGGCACCAAUGCUCAGCCUAUUGUGAUCUGUAAUGCUCCGUCUCCUAUACCAGUGAGCUCUGAUUAGUAGCUCUACAGAAAAGCUAUGCCUUUCUAAUAAUACGCCAAUUAUAAACGUUUAUAAGCUGUAAGUAAUGGGUUUAUUAAUAAUUAAUAAUUAAACAAGACUAAUCUACAGCCAUGCUAGCAGCUCGGUGAGGCUGCACACACAGUGGUGCUUUGAGCA